GUGCAGCAGCUGUGCGGUUCAUUCGUCUCCACCGAAUACGCGGAUCACACGGGCCGUUUUCUUUUGGGGGAAAAUGACGAAAAUCCAAGUAGUCAAAACCAAGGCUUAUCCAGACCAAAAGCCUGGUACGAGUGGUCUGAGGAAAAGGGUGACAGUUUUUCAAACAAAUGAGCACUAUGCAGAGAACUUCAUCCAAAGCAUUAUUUCUUGCAUCGAACCAGCGGAGCGUCAGCCUGGAUUGCUCGUAGUGGGAGGAGAUGGAAGGUUUUUCAUGAAAGAUGCCAUUCAGUUGAUUAUCCAGAUCGCUGCUGCUAACGGGAUCGGCCACCUUGUCAUCGGUCAGAAUGGCAUCAUGUCCACCCCCGCCGUGUCCUGUGUGAUCCGCAAGCUAAAAGCGGUGGGAGGAAUCAUACUGACAGCCAGCCACAACCCUGGUGGCCCCAAUGGAGACUUUGGCAUAAAGUACAACAUCGCCAGCGGAGGUCCUGCCCCUGAGGGAAUCACCGAAAAAAUCUUCCAGAUCAGCAAGAGCCUAACUGAGUACCACAUCUGCCCUGACCUCAAAGUGGACAUCUCCAAGAUCGGCAAGCAGACCUUUGAGGUGGACACAUUUAAGCCAAUGACUGUGGAGAUUGUGGACUCUGUGGAAGCCUAUGCUGAAAUGCUGAGGGGAAUCUUUGACUUCCAUGCCCUGAAGGAGCUGCUGUCUGGAGCCAAUCACAUUAAAGUUCGUCUGGACGCUAUGCACGGAGUGGUUGGUCCCUACAUCAAGAAGAUUGUCUGCGAGGAGUUGGGUGCGUCCGCAGAUGGUGCUUUCAACUGUGUUCCCAAGGAGGACUUUGGGGGACACCACCCUGACCCUAAUCUGACGUAUGCCUCUGACCUGGUCAACGCCAUGAAGGGGGGAGAGUACGACCUUGGGGCCGCUUUCGAUGGCGACGGUGAUCGUAACAUGGUCCUGGGAAAGCAUGGCUUCUUUGUGAACCCGUCUGACUCCGUGGCUGUCAUCGCCGCCAACCUGACCUGCAUCCCCUACUUCCAGAAGACCGGGGUCAAAGGUCUGGCCCGCAGUAUGCCCACCAGCGGUGCCCUAGAUAACUGUGCUAAAGCCCUGAAGAUGACCUAUGAGACUCCUACUGGCUGGAAGUUCUUUGGCAACCUGAUGGACGCCGGCAAGCUGUCUUUGUGUGGAGAAGAGAGCUUCGGCACUGGCUCCGAUCACAUCCGUGAGAAGGAUGGGUUGUGGGCUGUGCUGGCAUGGAUGUCCAUCCUAGCCCACAGGAAGCAGAGUGUUGAGGAGAUCAUGAAAGACCACUGGAACAAAUUCGGCAGAAACUUUUUCACCAGGUAUGACUAUGAAGAAGUGGACUCCGACAAAGCCAACACCAUGAUUAAGGAUCUUGAGGCUACCAUGUUUGACAAGUCCUUUGUGGGACAGAAGUUCUCAUCAGGUGAUAAGACCUACGAGGUGGCCGUCUCUGACAACUUUGCCUACACCGACCCUGUGGACGGCAGCAUCUCCAAGAACCAGGGUUUGAGGAUUGUCUUCUCCGACGGCUCCCGGAUCAUCUUCCGUCUCAGUGGGACAGGCAGUGCCGGGGCAACCAUCAGGCUAUACAUAGACAGCUAUGAGAAGGACCCGGCCAAGAUCUAUGGUGACGCCCAGGUCAUGCUUAAACCUCUGGUGGAGAUUGCCCUGAAGAUCUCUGGGCUCCAUGAGAAGACUGGCCGCACUGGCCCCACCGUGAUCACAUAGACGGCCACACCCUGCCACGCCCUGUCGCGCCCUGCCAUGCCUUGCCAUACUCAUCCACAUACCUUUCUCCUGUCAAUUGUUCCACUUGUGCCUACCGUCCAAAACAAACACUUCAGCUUUACUGUUAAGUCCAAGCUAAGCCUGGAAAACUAUCACUUCUAUCCACCACAAAUAAAACAUCCUUCCAAAAAAAUG